AUGGCGGCGGCUUUCCGGGCAAAGAAGCUCGACCUGGGCGGCUUCAUCAACGUCAAAAUCAUUCGCGACCACACGAAGCGGAAAGUCUUCGAGCAGUUCGAACCUCAAAGGCAAGCACUACGAUAUAUCAUUCGAAAUACCUCUCUACCCCAGCGGAUGCGCACCCAAGCUCAGCUCCAGUUAUCCCAGAUGAGCUGCUACACCAGACCGACCCAGAUCAAGAACAGAUGUACAAUGGGAGGCGUGGGGAAGGGUGUCUUGAGAGCCUUCAGAAUGGGUCGGUUCCAAUUCCGUAUGAAUGCGCUGGAGGGAAAUCUUCCCGGUGUCAAGAAAGCUAGUUGGUGA